GACUUUUCUGUUGACAUCGCCGACCUGCCAUUUCGCUUGGCGUGGAUCGAAGAUCGGCCAAGCCCGGGGUGCGUUCAGCCUAAAGGUGACCCGUGAAAAUCUUCCGCCGUCAGUACCUAGUGAGAUGAACAUGAGCUAUCGAGAAGAGGAAGCAUGAAACUCUCCCGGAGACCGACGAUUGAGCUGCAAAAGUCCUAUAAACUCACUGUCCCACUGCACAACUCAUGGCGACGUAACUCUUCAGCAUAAGCCGGAAAAGGGUUGACACAGCACGCACAUCAUUUCGCCAAAACUAAACAUGAGAUUCUCUUCUUCUCUUCUCGUUCUCCUUCAAGGGGCCGCAGCGGUUCAUGGCGGCGUUGUGGAGAGGCAGGCCACGGGUUGCCUGGCUUCCGCUCCGGGGUUCGCUUCUCUCAACGGCGGAACAACUGGCGGCACCGGCGGCACAGAAGUUACCGUCAAAACCCAGGCGGAUCUUGAGAAGUACGCCAGCGCAUCCGGAAAGUAUGUGAUCAAAGUUAGUGGCCGGAUCACCAUCACGCCUCUCGGCAAGGAGAUCAAGGUUGCGAGUGACAAGACCGUCAUCGGUCUCGGCACAUCUGGCGAACUCUACCAGGGCGGAUUGGGGUUGAACGGGGCUAAGAAUGUCAUCAUUCGAAACCUGAAGAUCGGCCACACGAACUUGAACGACGGCGUCGAGAACGACCGCGACGGUAUCCAAGCCGACACGGUCAGCAACAUCUGGAUCGACCAUUGUCUCUUUGAGAACGGCGGUGACGGGCUGCUGGACCUUCGAAAGGACACCACCUUCUUCACCGUCUCGAACAACAUCUUCCGCAACCACGACAAGAACUUCGGCAUCGGCUGGACGGAGAACGUCUCGGCCCGCGGCACCAUCAACCACAACUGGUUCGACAAGACCAACCAGCGGAACCCUUCCGCCGACAACCUCGCCCAGGUCCACUUGUACAACAACUACCUCUACGGCAUCACCUCCUAUGGCCACUAUGCCCGUGGCAGCACCAACGCGCGGGUGGAGAACGUCUUCUUCGAGAACACCAAGAACCCGCUGACCAAGGACGCCGCGGCCGUUCUGAACGCGUCUGGGAACACGUACAAGAGCUGCACCGGAACUAUUGCGGCCAACUCUGGCACCUCUUUCAACCCCAAGAGCUACUAUUCUUACACUCUCACCCCGACUGCGGACGUGCCUGCCUAUGUCAAAGCUAACGCGGGCCCCAAGGCCUCUGUUUGCUCUUAAUCCGGUCUCGAGAGUAAGUGGGCGGAUUCCAAGACGUAACAGAUCGGGUUCUCCCGUGGUAUUUUGAGGUAGAUAUCUCGUAAGAGAUAGGUUCACUCAUGUUAUCAUGCCUGGCAAUGUAUGAAGAAUCCACUUUACGGAGCCUUACAUAGCACAAAGUAUCCCGUAUGUCUUUUGCAGCAAUGCUGUAUGCCUUACAUGCACUCUGUC